AACUUUGCUCUGAACUUCCCUUUGUGCCGCGUCAUCUGGCAGCCAGCGGCGGCGUGGCUCUUCGCUGUGGUCAGAUUGUAUCUUAGAAUGGGUUUGGUACCUUUUGAAUGAGCUGAAGUACGUUCGGCGUUGUGUUUGCGUGGGAUUGAUGCCGUAACAAGACUCUUGGCACUUGGCUUCCGCUUGUUGUCUUGAGAACACAUGCGGCUUUAGAGUUUAAAAGUUCAUCGGCGAGAUCCGCUGGGUGGGGGGAGAUUCACGGUGACGUAAAUGAACGAUACAAUGCUUCUUAGAUUUGUGAACAAACAAGCAACGAUAUUUAAUAAACGUGUCCUGAAUCUGCUCUUAUGCUUUAAAGCAUUUGAACAGGGCAAACGUUCAUACCAGUGAUUUCUUUUUCUUAUUUCUUUGGGCUAUAUUAAUAGUAAUAUCAAUGCACCAAAAUGAAAUAUACCUCCUUAUGUUCAAGUUGGCAAGUUUCCCCUCAACAACCAGUUUUUCCUACAACAACUUUUAUAGCUGAAACUGAUUUAGAGUAGUAUAUUUCCAAUAUUACAAUUGACUUUGACAUGUACUUUGUAGUAUGUGACCAGGUAGUUUGAGUGCUUUUCAGCACGACAAACUAAGUUAAGAGUUAAACCCUGACAAAACGCCACAGAUGAAACUAAAUAAACCAAGAAGUAACAUGAACAACAAUAUGGAUCGCGUGGCCCCAUUACGUCGCAGUGUAGUUGUCGUACGCGCUGUGUUCACUCCGCUUGCUGUGGCGGAGGCGCCCGUCUAAAGGUCAGAGAGAAAGGCAGUAAUGUAAUACCACAAACUGCACAACACACACAACGAUGACUUUGGCAUCUGCAGGACACACACAUGUGAAUCUGCACGUGCAACGCUCAAGAAAUGAAGUUAAAUCGUCUGAUUUUAGACAACUGUCAGUACACAUGUUCAUUACCAUAAAUGUGCCAAAUGAAUAGCAUUUGGCCCGCUAGUUGGCAAACGUUAGGGUGCUAACACACUCCACUAAAUUCCAGCAUGUGAGCAUGCAGGUGCUGGUAUUUAGCCCAAAGCACAGCGUGGGGAUCAUUUGUUAAACUGAUGAAUGAAGAUAUAACACAGAAAAAUCUAAAUGAGAGUCUUGAUGCAUUCAAAUACAACCAUUGUUUGUUUUGUUUCUAUGCAAUAAUGUUGUAAAAACUGAGGGCCGUCACGUGGAAGAUAUUGCAUCAAAAAUAAAACCCCACACGUACUGGAAUGUCAUGAGGCCGCUGUUUUUCAGAAUGGAAAUGUUGAUACAGGGACAUGCUCUCGCUCUCAUGCACACAAACAACACUGAACUCCUGGAGCCACUAGAGGUUGUUCACAGGAUGCGAGUCUCUCUGACAUAUUAUCAUCAACAUAUGCACAUUCAUCCUGUUUUGACAUCAGUUGCUCGUGGAAGACGAUGUCUCUUCAAGCGGCUUAAAAAACAACCUCCAUUCAGAUGAAAUCCUCCCCGUUAAUCCCUCGCCGCCACUGGCUACGAUCGUGUCGUGACUUCUGGUGCAUGUUUGCCAAGUGUGUAGUGUCGUGAGAGUGUUGCGUCUACAGAUGUGAGUCACCCCUCUCCGCUCCAACCAGGGGUUCGCUCUUUGUCCCGGCAACGCGUGCGAGUCUGUGUGCGACACACUGACGUCAUGGCAACGCAGCGGAGAGUGCAAACAUUUGUUCCCAACCCCGUUCCCUCGGGUGAAGAGACCUGGAUGGAGACUAAUAAUGACACUUGCUCAUAAAACAUCCGAAUUAUUUUGAUGACGUAGCGCGCGCGCGCACAUCGUUUAUAUUAAUAGACGGUCAGAUGCUUCAGUGUCGUCUCAUGACAGAGGGUGCCAGUUGUGCCUUGUCCUAAAUCUCCUAAAAUCCCUUUUGAAAUCGAGUUGUGACCCCCACGAAUUAAAGGUGCAGGAGGUUCGUACUGUUGUUAUACCAGCUGAAUUUUGAUUCCAGACCAAAAUGUCAAUUUAUUUGUACUUUUGGAAAAUUACCACGGUAGACGGAAAAUAACUGCUGUGACAUUGCUGACGGUAAAUCGUUUUCAAAGGGCUCCGGGCGCAGUUACAACAUGCAAGGCAAGGAAGUUGUUAUUGCAAAACGAAUACACCCUUUAGCGGCGCAUUCUUAUCCAGCUGUGCAGCAGUUAACCCGGAGAACGGGUACGUUUCACCGGCUGACAGUCUGAUGCGUGUUUUAAUGGUGAGGGUGAGACUCCGUAUGCCUUUAGUACAAUUCAUCCGGUCCCGUAUCUGCCACACUGAAGCUGGUGUGUGUGAGAAAGCAGCGGUUUGGAUUGCGCAGUGUUGUCCUCUCUGCCUCACCAGCACAUCCUGUAAUAAUCCGUCGAGCCUGGUGACGUCUACACUUCCCUCCCUCCCUCCCUCCCCAAGGCUUUAUAGUGGGAAGUAAGGCGUUAGAGCUCUGCAUUCAGUGUCACAGUCUCCAGCUGCAGUGAAAACACCGGUUUGAAUCAGCUGGCAGGAACACGCACCGUGUCGGCGUUAAGGACAAUUUACUGAAGUGCAGAUUGGACAUAGCUGUGGGCAGUGAUGGACACGAUGGUGUGUCCGAUGGGUGGAGGGGCUACCAGGCUGUACGGCGCCCUGACUCAGAGCAGCAGCAGCUCUCCACCGCCCCUCCCUCCGCCUGCAGACACAAACCUGGAUCCGCCUUUCUGCCAGGGGCAGAAGGCGUCCCCUCCAUGUCCCCCCACUCCAGCGGAGCUGCUCCGACAGUGUGAAGAGGCCCUGAGGGACCGACCACCUCGCCUCCACCGGAAGUUCACCCACCUCAAUGAUGGAGACAGCGGCUCCAGCAGCUCCAUCAGGGUGAUGCAGUGGAACAUACUGGCACAAGCUCUGGGUGAGGGACUCGACUGUUUUGUUCAGUGUCCCCCGGAGGCCCUCAGCUGGUCCCGCAGGAAGUACCUCAUCUUAGAGGAGAUCCUCACCUACAGACCUCAUAUCCUGUGUCUGCAGGAAGUCGACCACUACCACGACACCUUCCAGCCGGUUCUGGAAGGCCUCGGCUACAGCGGCAGCUUUUGCCCUAAACCCUGGUCGCCGUGCCUGCAGGUGGAGGGCAACAACGGCCCCGACGGCUGUGCUCUGUUCUUCGACCGGUCGCGGUACGAGUGCCUCGACAGCGUGAACCUAAAGCUGUCUGCCCUGCGGAUUCCAACCAAUCAGGUUGCCGUGGUGACGAUGCUGCGGUGCCGGAGCACAGGGAGAUGCGCGUGUGUGGCGGUGACCCAUCUGAAGGCCCGUUCUGGCUGGGAGUGGCUCCGCAGCACCCAGGGCUCGGACCUCCUGCGACACCUCCAGAAUCUGGUCCAGAAGCACGCUGGCGAGCCUGCGGCGGCCCCCGGGUCAGACAUUCCGCUCCUCAUAUGCGGGGAUUUCAACGCGGUCCCCACCGAGGAGGUGUACCAACGUUUCAUCGCGUCGCCUCUCCGUUUGGAAUCGGCCUACAAGAAGCUCAGUCAGGACGGGUUGACCGAGCCAGAGUACACGACUUGGAAGAUUCGGCCUACGGGGGAAUGCUGCAGCACUCUGGACUACAUCUGGUACAGUCAGGACACACUGAGAGUGGACAGCGUUUUGGAAAUGCCCACUGAGGAACAGAUCGGGCCAAACAGGCUUCCGUCUUUUAGCUAUCCGUCAGACCAUCUCUCUCUAGUUUGUGACUUCAGCUUUAAGGAGAAGGAAGGGUGACCCUGCACAACGGGACGGGUCAACACUGAGGAGGGACACCGUUGGCUUCCCUCAACAACAAGGCGCACAAGACGCUAUUUGGAAGUGUCAAGCGGUGGAAGGCGACAGAGAAACCAGAGUUACACACAAAUACAUGCUGCAAGUAACAUGAACAACAAUAUGGAUCGAGUGGCCCCAUUACGUCGCAGUGUAGUUGUCGUACGCGUUGUGUUCAACCUACCUACCUGCACAAUGAACGUGCUGGAUUGGAAACUAUAGAUAUGUACACAUAUACACACAUUUCUGAUCCCAAAACUGUAGUAAAUGUUGUUGACUGCAAUUCUACUACAGCCUGACGGAGAAUAAAAUGUUUUUGCUGAACAUG